AUGAAGCAUUCAAUCUUUGGAAUUGUCGCUCUUGCAGCGCAGGUCUGUUUUGGCUUCACAUUUUACGCCCGAACUUUGGAAGGAAAUGUGUAUACCCUCAGAGGCGAAGACUCGACCAAAGUUAGUGUCAUCCAGGAGCAGUUUGAGCAGGCCUCGGGUAUGCCGGUCAAACAACAGCGAAUGAUUUUCAAGGGGCGUCAGCUCGAGAGUGACAAGGUCCUCGCAGACUAUGGCAUUCAGGAAGGUUCAGAGGGCAAUCAGACUGCCGGAUCAGCAUUCGAGUUUUGCAAGCACCUGGAGGAGAAGCAGACGGUCACCAAGAAAUAG